AUGUUUGGGCAGAAGACUCUUGGCUUGUUUAUGUUAUUCAUUAUUUCAAUAGGUGCAUAUCCUAGUAAUCAAAAAUUAUGUUCAAAUAAUUUAAAGAUAAAUGGAACAAAUUUAAUAACAUAUAAUCGUAAACAAGUACUGGUCGUAGGUAUAAGUCAUCUUGGUUGCCAAGCUUGCCGAAAUCAAGCUGUCAAAUAUAAUGAUUUAUAUCGUGAUCUUGCAUAUCAUAAAAUACACGAUAUUGAUGUCCGUCUUGUUAUUGUUAAUGAAGAACAUGCUGCAGAAUUUUUACCUGGUAAUUUUUAUGGUAAAAUUCGACUUUUUCAAGACAAUGCUAAAGAUCGAUUCGUAGACAAAUUAGGUCAACAUGGACAGCGGUUAAAUAAUUUGAUAUUUGGCCGAUGUGGCAGUCUUGUUUAUACACAACGAUAUCCUCAAUCGAAUAUUGAAGAUGAAACAAAUUAUCAGCAGCUCCUUCGAAUUGUUAUGACAGUUUCCAAGUAUAAACAACCAUGUCAAACACCGUGCAGCUAA